AUGGCUGGGUUCAGCUGGUAUCUUUCUGAAGGCUUCCAGGUAAUAAUUGAGAAGUCGAAAGAAGCAAAAUGCUCACUAAAAGAAGUUCAGUUGCGUUUCUUGUGCCCUGACGACUUGGAGGAGGUGAGAUCUCUAUGUAGAGAUUGGUUUCCAAUAGAGUAUCCACAAUCAUGGUAUGAGGACAUAACGUCAUCAGAGAGGUUUUUUGCUCUAGCUGCUGUCCACAAAAGUCAAAUAAUCGGCCUUAUAGUCGCAGAAAUCAAGCCUUAUUUGAAAUUGAAUGCAGAGGACAGAGGGAUACUGUCACGAUGGUUUGCUUCAAAGGAUACCCUAGUGGCAUAUAUACUCUCCUUAGGUGUAGCUCGUUCGUUUCGACGGUCGGGAGUGGCGACGAUGCUGCUGGAGGUGUUGAUCAAUCACCUGUCAGGGCCGGUACCUCAACCGCCUUAUGAGCACCGUGUUAAGGCGAUAUUUCUACAUGUACUCACCACUAACACAGAAGCUAUACUUUUUUACGAACACAGAAGGUUCCAUCUGCACUCAUUUCUACCAUAUUACUACUCAAUAAAAAGGCGAUAUAAAGAUGGGUUUACAUACGUAUACUACGUAAACGGUGGUCACGCACCCUGGGGUUUAUACGACUACGUGAAAUAUGUCGCCCGUGCGGCGUGGCGUGGCGGUGGCUUAUACCCAUGGAUCUGGAGCAAGCUCCGCACAGCACUCACGAUCGCUUGGCACAGACGUUUCUACAAAACGUAG